CCACCUGGUUCAUAAGUCUGUGACCCCGAACCGGAACGGCUUCUCGGCUUUCCUGCCGGAAGGACCUCCAGGUGGCAACUUCCGCUUCCGGUUGGCUCGGGCUGGAGGCUUGACUAUUGAGUGUCCUCAGAGGUCAGAUUGCUGUCAGACAUGGCCCAUGGACAUGAACAUGAGCAUGGGCAUGGGCAUGGUAAAUUGGUACUUCCAGAUUAUAGAAAAUGGAAGAUAGAAGGGACACCCUUAGAAACUGUGCAGGAGAAGCUGGCGGCACGGGGGCUCAAGGAUCCUUGGGGCCGCAAUGAAGCUUGGAGAUACAUGGGUGGCUUUGCAGACAAUGUCACCUUUGUUGGUGCAAUGCUAAAAGGAUUCAAAUGGGGGUUUGCUGCAUUUGUGGUAGCUGUAGGGGUUGAAUAUUUCCUGGAGUCCCAGAAUAAAGAUAAGAAGCACCACUGAAGAUAAUACCUAGAAGUAUCUUAGUGACUUCUUAACUCUGUUAUUAAAAUAAGGUUUCUUCACUGUAGCCUACUCAUCUGUGUGUUUGUCCCUUAAAGAAUACUACUAAGAUUUAAUAAAGAAUACAUGUUCCA